AAAAGAAAAAAAAUUUCGAUUACUUAUAACUGUUCAUUAAACGAAGAAACAUCAAAGAGAAAAGACACCAAUAAGAUAUCAAGAGGAUUUAAAUUUUAACAUUAUAUACGAAUUUGAUAGUAUAUAAAAUGGAACAAGAUAGAGGUGGUAAUCGAAAACAUGAACAAGAGUCAUCUAAUAUACAACCUAAAAGAGUACAUCGUUUAGAUAGACCAGAUCAAAGUCAACCUCCACAGUAUGAAACAUCCCAGCCUGGACCAUCGCGAGUACAACCAUCAUAUCACUCUACACAGCCAUGCCCGACUACACAACCACACUCGCUUGCAACAUCAUACUUGCCUGCAGUACCACAGCCGUCUUUAUCAUAUCAUUUGGAACCAUCGCAAACUGGAACAUACCAACCUGCAAUAUCGCAAACUGAGACAAAUCAGCCUGGAUUACCGCAAACUGAGACAAAUCAGCCUGGAUUAUCGCAAACUGUAACACAAUACCCUGAACAAUGGCAAACUGAGACAAAUCAGCCUGGAUUACCGCCAAGUGGAACACAAUACCCUGGACAAUGGCAAACUGAGACAAAUCAGCCUGGAUUACCGCCAAGUGGAACACAAUACCCUGGACAAUGGCAAACUGAGACAAAUCAGCCUGGAUUACCGCCAAGUGGAACACAAUACCCUGGACAAUGGCAAACUGAGACAAAUCAGCCUGGAUUACCGCCAAGUGGAACACAAUACCCUGGACAAUGGCAAACUGAAACAAAUCAGCCUGGAUUACCGCCAAGUGGAACACAAUACCCUGGACAAUGGAAAACUGGGACAUAUCAGCCUGGAUUACCGGAAACUGAAACACACUACCCUGGACAAUGGCAAACUGAGACAAAUCAGCCUGGAUUACCGCCAAGUGGAACACAAUACCCUGGACAAUGGCAAACUGAGACAAAUCAGCCUGGAUUACCGCCAAGUGGAACACAAUACCCUGGACAAUGGCAAACUGAGACAAAUCAGCCUGGAUUACCGCCAAGUGGAACACAAUACCCUGGACAAUGGCAAACUGAGACAAAUCAGCCUGGAUUACCGCCAAGUGGAACACAAUACCCUGGACAAUGGCAAACUGAAACAAAUCAGCCUGGAUUAUACCAGCAUGAACUAUUACAAUCUGAACCAAUACAACCUCCUAUAUCAUCCCAUUAUGCUGAAUCAAACCAGCCUUCUGUAUCAAACCAGUCUCCUGGAAAAUACCAGUCUCCUGAAAAAUACCGGUCUCCUAGAAAAUACCAGUCUCCUGGAAAAUCCCAGUCUCCUAGAAAAUACCAGUCUCCUGGAAAAUACCAGUCUCCUGAAAAAUACCGGUCUCCUAGAAAAUACCAGUCUCCUGAAAAAUACCGGUCUCCUAGAAAAUACCAGUCUCCUGGAAAAUCCCAGUCUCCUAGAAAAUACCAGUCUCCUGAAAAAUACCGGUCUCCUAGAAAAUACCAGUCUCCUGAAAAAUCCCAGUCUCCUAGAAAAUACCAGUCUCCUAGAAAAUACCAGUCUCCUGGAAAAUACCAGUCUCCUGAAAAAUACCGGUCUCCUAGAAAAUACCAGUCUCCUGAAAAAUCCCAGUCUCCUAGAAAAUACCAGUCUCCUGGAAAAUACCAGUCUCCUGAAAAAUACUGGUCUCCUAGAAAAUACCAGUCUCCUGGAAAAUCCCAGUCUCCUAGAAAAUACCAGUCUCCUGGAAAAUCUCACUCUCCUAGAAAAUACCAGUCUCCUGGAAAAUCCCAGUCUCCUGGAAAAUACAAGCAUGCUAAACCAUUCCGGUCUGGUGGAUCAUCAUCGUCGCUGAGUGAAAUGUCGCAGUCAGAAAUAUUAUCAUCGGGUAGAUCUUCGGAAUCAAUAUCACAACAGUCUCAGCGUAGUAGAUAUAUGUCAAAAGAUCAAAGGUCAAGUAAGAGAAGACUAUUUGAAGAUGACUGUCCUGCAGGAACUAGUUAUGAAUACGAUGAUCAAACGGAAAGUUUUAAAGAUCAUUCUUCUUCUGAGAGCCGAAUUAAAAAAAUUAAAAAAAAUUCUCCAGAACCAGAAGCAGGUUCAACUAUUAAACUUCAGACAAAUUAUUUCAAGUUUCUAUAUUCUGAAGAUUGGGCUUUUACACAAUAUAAUGUUAAUUUUACUCCAGUUCAAUAUGUUAAGGAAGACCGUAAAUUUUUGCUUCAAAAUAUUGAACCACCACUACAAGGAUGUAUUUAUGACGGUAAUUCAUUAUUUUCAUCAGAAUGUUAUCCUAGAAAAUAUACAGUCAAUUCAAAAUAUUUUGAUAAAAACAAUGUUCAAAAGAAUGUUAUAAUAGUUAUAGAUUAUCAUAAUGUCAUAGAAAUAAAGGAUAGUCAUCCAAACCGUCUAGUGUAUUGUUUCAAUUUAAUAUUUAAGGAAUGCUUAAAUGACAUAAAUCUACGAUCAAUUCGUCAAAAUUCAUAUGAUAAAAACAAUAAAGUGAAAAUUAAGAAUCAUGAUGUAGAAGUGUGGCCAGGUUACUACACAUUUAUUAAGAAACAUGAAAUGGAUACUUAUGUGUGCAUAGAUCCAACGUAUAAAAUUUUGUCUACUAAGUCACUUUUAGAUAUUUGGUAUACAUAUACAGAAGAUGAGAAAAAAAUGGAAAUAUAUUAUAAAGAAGUCAAAGGAUGUAUUGUCUUUACUCAUUACAAUUACAAUACAUAUAGGAUCAUAGAUGUUGACUUUAACUUAUCACCAUUGAGUACAUUUAAACUAAAUCGAUUAGACAAAGAAAUUACAUUUGAACGUUACUAUAAGGACAAAUAUAAUGUAACUAUAUAUGACCUAAGACAGCCUUUGCUCAUUGUAAGCAUGCAACAAAAAUCACGUAAUCUAGCAACUCAGGAUUGCUUAAUUUAUUUAAUUCCUGAAUUGUGUUAUAAAAUAGGUCAGACAAUUGAUAUGAUGCAAGAUAAUAAUGUAUUAAAAAUAAUGUCCAAAUUUACACAAAUGUGGCCUCACCAACGAAUUAAUAAGUUAUUAGAUUUAAAUAAAAAAAUUCACUCUAAACCGAAGACUAUUCAACAAUUAGAUUCAUAUAAAUUAAAAUUCCAAAAAGAUUUGGUUGAAGUUAAAGGACGUAUAUUACCUUAUACAAAAUUAUUUUUCUCUGAAAAAGUUGGAAUAGACGAAAAAUAUGGAAAUUGGUCAUCACUAUUUUAUAAAAAUACCAUGUAUAAUUCUAAAAAAUUAAACAAAUGGAUUGUGAUCUGUACAAAGAAACAUAGAAAUGACUGGAUGACAUUCGAAUAUGUUUUGCUUAAAAAAGCAGAAAAUAUUCAAUUUCACAUGAAAAAACCAAAAUUUGUUGUAAUUGAGAGUUAUAAUGAAAUAAUGGAAACGAUAGAGAAUAGCUGUAUAGAAGACAUACAAUUUGUUGUUUGCAUUACUGAUGACAAGAAUGCACAAAGCUAUCGUGAUCUAAAAAUUAAAUGUUGCAUUGACCGUCAAAUUCCAUCACAGAUGAUUUUUUCGCAAAACUUAAUAUCUUCAAAGAAAGAAUCCAUAGCUCAUAAGUUAGUUGUUCAAAUGAAUUGUAAACUUGGUGGAGCUCCAUGGUAUGUCGAUUUGCCAUCGGUAUUUUCGGAAUUAAUGGUGAUUGGUUUUGAUGUUUGUCAUGAUAAAAGAUCUAAAAACUUUGAUAUUAGUGCUACUGUAGGUACUUUAGACAAACAUUUAACCAAAUAUAUCAAUGCUAUAAGUAAACAUAAAAAGGGUGAGGAAUUAUCAAAUAACAUGGCUAAUCAUAUUUGUAAUUUUAUAUUAGAAUAUAAAAAACGCAAUAAAGGUAAAUAUCCUAAACAUAUUGUGAUCUAUCGCGAUGGUAUUGGCGAGAGUCAAUUCAAGACAGUCUAUAGUCAAGAGGUAAAUAGCAUAAAAAAGAGAAUUGCUGAAGUAUAUGGAAAAGACAUUAAAAAGGCAAUAAAAAUGGCAUUUAUAAUCGUUAACAAACGAGUGAAUACACGAUUUUUUUAUCAGAACAAAAAUCCGCCAUGUGGUACAAUUGUGGAUGACGUCAUAGUUACUAAUCCAGUAUAUCCAAAUUUUUUUAUCGUAUCUCAAUACAGUACACAGGGCACUGUUACGCCAACAUCGUAUAUUAUAAUUGAUGAUAAUCUUGAUUGCACUAUAGAAAUGAUUCAACAACUGACGUACAAGCUAACCCAUAUGUACUACAAUUCGUUUAAUACUAUAAGGGUACCAGCUCCAUGUCAAUAUGCACAUAAGCUUGCAUAUUUCAUUGGUGUACAUUUACAGAAUGAACCACCCGCUACACUGAAUGAUGUUUUAUAUUAUUUGUAAUUUCGUAUCUCCAUUUCUGUUAUUUACAAAGGGAUAUAUACACAUUAUACGUAAAUAUAAUACAUAUACGAGAUGCAUCUAAAAAUUAAUGAGAUUGAUUUUGAAAAAUAUUUAUAUAACACUUAAUGAAAGGAUCCACAUUAUCAUCUGCAAAAUAGUUACCU